AUGCGGUUGCUCUCGUUGAUGAGAAUGAAUCAACCAGCCGGUGCUUUGGCUGUUAGCCCAUUUCCUGCACCGCCCGACUACGCUCAACACUACACCACAGAACGGAUCAGUCAGGGUGCUGUAUUACCGCCACCACCUGUACAAACCGUAUUCACUGUAUUCGGAGAAGAAUAUCGUUUAGAGGAUGAUAUAAUUAGAUCCCUUGCAUCACAGAACAUCAAACAAUUGUAUCCGACGAAAUAUGACUGGAAGACGGAGAUGAAAAAACUAAACAGAAGCGUAGUGGUUGCUUUCCUUGAUCUUCUCGAUAUUCUUGUGCGAUGUCCGGAUCAUCCAGAACGGAACGAGAAAAUCAAUGACAUUCAGACCAUAUUCAUCAAUAUGCACCAUCUGAUCAACGAAUAUCGACCUCUGCAGGCGCGAGAUACUCUGAGAAUGAUGCAAAGUCAACAGUUGAAGGAGUUGAAGAAGACAGUGAAGAGAUUCAAAGGACAUCUGACGGCAGGCAAAGCAGCAUUGCGCGAAGAACUUUCAUUAUCCGACCUCAAACUCACACCAGUUCCGCGUCCUUCGCCAUUGACGGGAAUAGAUAUUGAUUCGGAUGAAGAGAAUAUGCCAACACUUGUCAAGAUGGAGUCGUCUGAUAUGGAAGAAACUACAGCUGCAAUGUCAUCGAUGAAACUGGGACCGAGACCUUCUCGAAGCGAGCUUAAACAGCGUCGGAAUGCAGAUGCCCGCCUUCUCACUGACUAUUGA